AUGCAUGGCACCGGUAGCUGGGUGGCGCUGGUAAUGGUUACUGAAGUGCCGUUUGUACUGAGCGGUGUUGUACAGCAGGCUACCCAGCAUCGUAUGGAGUUGACCGCCGUGCUGCAAGGAAUUGAAUACCUGGUGAAAUCAGAUCAUGCAUUUUCAGGAAUCACUAUUAUAACUGAUAGCCAGUAUGUUGCAGGACUGUCCGGCAGAAAGAAUAAACUGGAAGCCCAUGGAUUGAAAACCAGUAAGAACGUCGAUAUCCGUAAUGCAGAUCUUGUGGCUGUCUUGUUUCAAUACAUACAAGAAUUACCACUCCGGUUUGAAAAGGUAAAGGCACAUGCCCGUCAGGCAGAUAUUCCCAAUUACAAUCGUGAAGCAGAUAAGCUGGCACGCGCCUUACUGAGAAAGGCGGUCGCCGCCUUGGUAUAG